CGACAGGACACACGCUGGUCGUCGACCUUUAUAAUGCUCAAGCGCUAUUUUCGGCUCCGUCCGUUCAUUUCGGCGGACUUCCUUCCGUCACGCUCAGCCCACCGCAAGCUGGACACUUUGCUGGCAAGCCUCCGGGACGUCGAGUCCGUGUCCAAGCACCUGCAGGGCGACGGCCUUACGCUGCUGGACGCUCGUGUCCUAUUCGACAAGCUCCUCAAGAGCCACCCCUCGUUCGCGAACAACCGCGCGGAUAUAGUCCACUCCGCCGUCUUCGAGCAGGCGGUCGUCAAGGUGAUGGGCGACCAGGCGGCCCUGCUGACGGACGCCGAAGUCGCUGCGCUGGAGCCGUUCAAGCGCACGCAGGCUCAUCUGCUGCGCCGGCCACGUUACGAGCUGCUUAAUGCGAUUCCUCCUACCUCAAACAUGGUUGAGAGGCUCUUCAGCAUUGCGCGCGCUGUGCUGCGCCAUGAGCGCCACCGCCUCUCCCCCAUGAUGCUAGAGAUGAUCUUGUUCCUUAAGAUCAACAGCUCUACUGGGAUGUUGCGACCGUGGAGCAGUGCCUGUAAGUAG